AUGAAAUGUCAGAAUUAUAAUAGUCGUCCAAAAACUCUUGAUGAAAUACAUGGGGAUAUUCUUGAUCAUGGGUUCGAUGUGACAUACCGAACGUGGAUCCAUCAUGGUGAGAAACCUCGUGAGAAUAAUUCCACUGUUAGAGCUUCUGCGUUACCCACGAAUAAUGUUGUGAGUGAAGCUUCUUUUCCGAGAAUGGUUGACUUGUUCUUAGACACACUAGGUCGCACUGAGCUUGGUAACCAUGAAAAUGGUGCUAUUGAUGAAGAUGGUUCAAAUGUUAAUGUUGAAGAUAGUUCUGGUGCUAAUGUAGAAGGUGGUGCUGGUGCUAAUGUUGAAGAUGGUGUCGAUGCCGAUUUCAUAAAGAGGAUGUUGGAUGCAUUACAACCCCUGUAUCCAGAUUGUGGUGGUGAACAUACAAAACUGUCGACAGUUAUUGAGAUGCUUAGUUUGAAAGCAAGGUAUCAGUGUUCCAAUGUUUUUUUUACAGAAUUAUUAAAAUUUUUGAAAACUAUUUUACCGGAAAGGAACACGUUACCAUCUACAUGUGCUAAAGCUAAGGGUAUGCUCAAGCCAUUUAACUUGCCGGUCGAGAUUAUCCAUGCUUGCUCUAAUGAUUGCAUACUUUAUCGAAAGGAGUAUGCUGAUUAUGAAGAGUGUCCUAAAUGUCAUGCAAGUAGAUGGCAAGUACCUCCUGAAGGAAGUGAUCCAAAUGCUAGAAAAGUGCCAGUGAAGAAACUAAGGUUUUUCCCAAUUACUGAAAGGUUACAGCGUUGGUAUGGUACUCCAUGGAUUGCUGAGCAGAUGUACUAUCACUCUAAUGUUGAAGAAAGUAUUACACACAUGCGACAUCCUGUGGAUUAUUCUUCUUGGAAGGAAGUGGCAUGA